AAUAUGGAGCGCAAAAUCCCCAACUUCGCUGGUACAUGGAAAAUCAAAAGUUCCGAGAACUUCGAGGAGCUUCUGAAAGCGCUGGGUGUCAACGUGAUGCUGCGUAAAAUAGCUGUUGCCGCUGCCUCAAAGCCAGCUGUGGAGAUCACACAGGACGGGGAAACGCUGUCAAUCAAAACCUCCACCUCAGUACGGACCACCCACGUCACCUUCACCGUGGGACAGGAGUUUAACGAGACCACGGUGGAUGGACGGCCCUGCACGGGUCUUCCUCUUUGGGAGACAGACAGUAAGAUCAGCUGUGAGCAGACCCUUCAGAAAGGGGAGGGUCCAAAGACUUCAUGGACCAGAGAGAUAACCAACGACGACGAACUUAUCCUGACUAUGACUGCGGAUGACGUGGUGUGCACUAGAGUGUACGUGAGAGAGUGA